AUGUCUGGAAAUACAUGGGUUCCUAGUGAAUGGAGACAGGAAAUCGCACAAGAAAUUCCAACGCAGUUGAAUGCCUUCGAUUGUGGUAUUUUUUCUUUAAAGGUGAGAUAUUUAAACCUUAUGCUGCUUUUUAUUUUUAGUAUUUUAAUAUCUGUUCAGAUCGGCCACACACCGAAAAAUUUCUCAUUUAUUUUCAAUAUGUCAUUUAUCCUUCAGUUUGUUGACCACGUUAUUUCGGGUACACCUUUAUCCUUCUGUCAGGUAAGAACAUCUCAAGUUGACUAUUUUCUAAUAAAUGCAUAAUUGAAAAAAAUGUAACUUUAUUGGUCUCACUAGAUAUCUUUCCGUCACAGUAUGCAAGGAUGCAAAUCUAUGCCUAUGUCCAUAGCUGUAUAUAUACUGGAAUUUAGUACACUGAUGAUAAUUUUCAUGCAGAAAAAUACAGAACUAAACCAUUCAAUAAAGAUCAUAACUUUUAAGACCAACUACAAGUUCAGUUCCUGAUGUAAAUAUUCUUGAAAUGUUAUGUUAUGUUAUGUUAUAGAAUGACAUGCCUAGAUUUAGGAUGGAAAUGGCCGAUGAAAUCAAGGCAUCAAGAUUGAGGUUUGUAAACUGAUAAAACAUGAUUAAAAUUUUAGGGGUAACCUUGGGUCAUGACGGACCUUGUGUUAAAUAAAUCUUUCAUUUUCAUCCCCAGCGAAUACUGCGAGGAUAUCGAACCAUCCAGUGCAGAACAGCCUCCAUUAAACGUGUGCUUCGAAGAAACGGAGCCACCUAGUGCAGAACAGCCUGAACUAGUAUGCAAAACUCAAGUUCCAUUGAACACCAACAAGGAUAUGUUAGUGGACGGUAAUGAGAAUCAGUGCCUUUUUGUGACCAUGUAGUUUCCCCAUUCAGUGGUGAUGUUUUUUUAUUUGCUAAGCUAAGAUUGUGAAUGUGUUGAACUUCACGCUUAAUGAUGCUCAUCAUUAGAUUUAUUUAUUUUAUAUCUAUUCCCUCGAAUAGCCCAAUUUCGAUAUAUUAAAAUUCAAGUUGAAACAAAAAGACAUCACUACGAUUCUUGGGGGAAUAAACCAUAUAAAUCCUUAUAUUAUUCCCCCAAGAAUCGUAGUGAUGUCUUUUGUUUCAACUUGAAUUUUAAUAUAUCGAAAUUGGGCUAUUCACGUUUUCUUUGGGUGUCGUGCCUCGCGCGCGGAUCGCGAAAUUGCCUGUGGGUCUCGCGCGCUGCUCACAAACGCCGUUAGGCAAACUACACAAUGUACAAAGAUUCGAUAAACUACUGUUUUUCUACUUCUCUCCCCUUCGUUUAUUUUUGCUUUCAUCCACGUAUAGACACACUAAACCGUUUAAAUGAUUUUCGAUAAGAUGAGAGCGCGAAAAACGGUCCAGUUUUUUCGCAGUGGCUAUUCGUACGGCACCCGUACUUGUAUUUGCUAUUCAUACGGGAGUCGGACAUUUUCAAACAAUUUCGAUUUAAAACGCCAUUUUGCCGAUCCAAAAAUAUUAUCUGUUUGUUUAGAUGCACGGGGCGAUUCUUGUGAGCGAUGUUGAUUUCAUUCACACUAAUUUGUUCAGCCUGUGGUAAAAGUAAGCGAGCGACUGUUCGCGACACUUGACUUUUUUUUACGUCAUCAUAUUACUCCCGCUCGCGUAUUAUACCACAGGUUGAACAAAUUACUCUGAAUGAAAUCAACAUCGCUCACAAGAAACGCCCCCGUGCAUCUUAACAAACAUAUAAUAUUUUGGAUCGAAAUUUUGAAAGUUUCGGAGUCCCGUAUGAAUAGCAAAUAGAAGUCCAGGUACGGGAGUUAUAUGAUUAUGUAAAAAAAGAACCAAGUGUCGCAAACAGUCGUUCGCGUACUAUACCACAGGCUGAACAAAUUGGUGUAAAUGAAAUCAACAUCGCUCACAAAAAUCGCCCCGUGCAUCUAAACAAACAUAUAAUAUUUUGGAUCGGCAAAAUUGACGGACUCCCGUAUGAAUAGCAAAUAGAAGUCCGCGUACGGGUGCCGUAGGAAUAGCCACUGCCUUUUUAUAAAGCCGCGAUUUUGCAUUGAACGCCUGGAUAAAAAAAAAUAAAUUUGUCACUGACUACCUGGACUAAACUCGAAUGCAUACACAUUUCAAUUUGACUAAACUCGAUGUCCAUAUUUUCCAAUACACACAUAAUUUGGCAGUUUGCUCACAAGAGAUUCAACUGAAUAACAUUUAUGCCCGUCGGAAUCCUCACACUGGAAGUACACUUCAUUUUAUAUAACCAGUUUGCUGAGAUGCAACGAGCAAAACGUCUACGAGUUCUUAUUUACUUUUAUAGCCCGACGUCCUUAAUAUUCUUCUCUUAUCUUUUUGCCAUCUUGUCAUUUAUCUUGUACAGAAACCCCCACGAAUGGCAUGUCAACCGAUCAUGAGAGGGUAUUGUCUAAUGAAAGUUGCAGUAAAACUUCAGGACCAGAGAGUAAUGCGUCAAAAGCAGAGCUUAUCACCGUAGAACAGGCUAAAUCGUUUAUUAACAUUUUGAACUCAGAUAACAACGACCAGUUGUUCUUUCUUGUUUCCGGCUCCAUGUAUGAAGAUCCGCGACAACUUAAGGACUUAGUAAAAAACAUGUGGACUACAAAGCACAAAGACAUGCAUUUCCUUUUCCGCGUGGAGGAUUUGGUGCCGACUACCAACGGCAAAACAAGGUGCGCCGUCUCUGCUAAAGGCCAGCGGUGGGGAUAUCUGUCGUUAACAACAGAUUUGGAGUCGACAAAGUACGGAAGCUUUCGCGCUAAUCUACCGAGCAAUCUAUUGCAAUUUUUCCGCCCUGUCUUCGAAGAGGUGGUGCAGCUGACAACAGGCACACGAAUGACGAAAUAUCCACCGAGACCCUCUCUGAUCCCUUUCAAAAGUCACAUUAAAGAUGACGACGAUAAAGAAGGUAUGUCGAGUAAAAGUAAUGAUACUGUAUAAUCAUCGUAAAGAUAAUUUACUUUUUAUUCCUUGUUUUUUUCUUUUCAACGAAAAGGAUUUUAUAUCACUUCAUAUAGAGAGAGAGCCAGCCAUGGCCAAUGAGAGUUUAUAAGCUAUUUAUAGUCGACGUUUAAACGCUCUUUAUAUAUUUCCAAUCGAAAAUAGAUUAAACACCCAUUUAUUAAAAAAAAAAAAAUAGUUCUAGCGGGGGCGUCAAUUUUAUUUUGGAUAAAGAUAUUUUUCUGUAGAACUGAAAACAUCUCGCUGACUUGACUUAACGGGCAAAAAAUUUUAUUUGUUUAUUUUUAAUUUUUUAAUUGCCUUUUUAAAAAAUUUUUUACGUAGUGCCCGAAUGUUCUUGGGUUGGGGGAGCGUGGUGUACUCACUUAUAUGAGCUGUGCGAGGAUGUGCCUCUGGACAGGGUAUAGGGUUUUGAUCUCUUUGUCCUGAACAGGGUAUCCCAUAACGUCCCGAAAGAAACUACCCUCGUAGCUUUCAGAUCGAUUAAGGAGCCUUCGAGGCUUACUUAUUUCGGGGUCGUAACUUAUAGAAGGUCGCUACCUUAGGGAACCCAAAUGCGUUACUGGAAAAAGCUUUUUCCUCCAAAGAUUUGGCUGAAUUCCGUGAACAGUUGGAAAAAAUGAGAUGAAAUCGGUAGUUCCAGUUUCCUGUUGCUUCCAAUCGACAUGCAUUGUUUCUUCACGUGUAAACCUUGUUCUCAGUGGUCGGCUCCAUUUGUUCAAAUUUUUCUCGCAGUUCUUUCCUUACCUGACACUGAUUCCAUAGAAACAAGGAAUGUCUCUUUUUUUCUCCUUCUUAAACCAAGGAGUGGCAGUGGGCUCGCUCCAGGGAGGAGAAGCUGUCGCUACUUUCGGGAAAAAUUAGCGGCCACAACCUUUUUGACGUUAGUAUCGGGGGAUCGUUACUUUUGGAUCUACACGGUAUAUUUCUUUACGAUUAUUUCGUUGGGGAAUAGGGUUCAUCCCCGUGUUGAUUCGACAGUUGGGUUGGCGCCUAUUCGGGUAAUUCAUUGCAGCUUCACUUUAACAUGUUUAUCAAUAUUUGUUGCUUAGUUUUAAAUUUAUUUUGAUCCUAAUUGUAUUUUCAGAGGUGGGAAAUUGCUGCAUCGGUCUUCUUUUGUGUGCAUUGGCUUUGAUCGACAAAAAACGAUGGGAAAAAGUCACAGCUGGAGCGGCUGAUCUGUUCGACGAGGGACCACUUGGCUCGCAAGUGAUAGCCAGCAGCAUUCUUGAUUGUGUUGGCGGAUCCAACAAAUCGUUGUUUUCGUUGUUUCCGUCAGAAUCAGCCAAAGAAAAGUCUGCUUUACGACCCAGCAAGGAACAAAGACGUAUCGCCGCCCUUGCGGAUUGUAAAAGUACUCAAUACGAAGGGUUUUGGAUCUCGUCGUGUACGAAGACUGUGAGGGAGUUUGAAAAGGAAGCAGAAGAAAAACUUAGAAGGACACAUUGCUCGGGUGAUAUUGAACAACGCCUGCGAAUAGUUAAACAUCUAAGUUCUUCGCCAUCUAAGAUGAUGACGGUUGAGGAAGUGACAGAUGCCAUAGGGAUUGUUACGUACCAGAAGGCCCUUGCCUUCCGGAAGCAUCUUAAACGGUCAUUCCUAACAGGAAGCAACGCAUUACCGGUUUACAUUAAAGAUUCACCCAAAGGAACAGAGCCAUCCUUGAGGAAGGAAUUAACUCUUGUCAUCUUAAAACAAGAUUCGGAAAAAUCUGCGUUUGAAAGAGCGGCACUAAUACAAAACAAGAUCGCCCAAAAGUUUUCUCGUCACACCUUAGACCCAAACUUUUCUGAAAUGAAACAAUCAUUUAAACUUUUUGAAGACGAAAAAUCCAAAAUGAUUGGAAAAGCUAUUCUAAAGAGCGCUGGAUUCUCAGACUCCAAUCUUCGGAAACACCUUAAUUUCAGCAAAAAGUCCAUGGAAAGAGCAACCGAUAAAGUGUCCGCUGCAAAAACCGUGCUUCCUGAAAUGUGGAGAAAGGCGUUUGAUAUGGUGAGGUCCCGCUACCCUGGGCGAUCGGACAGCAAGCUACUGCCAAAGGCCAAACUAGUUAUGAAGAAACUUUGUGCAAGUAAAUUACUCGCAAGGGAAAAGUCAGAGCUCGCCCAUAGGCCAAGAAUGGACUUCGAUCCCAAGAUUUUGGAAACUAUCGUUGAAAUUUCAGCUACAAGUUCCGAUUCAGGUCAUCUCACGCACUCUAAAAGACAUUAUGACGUGAAAUACAUCGCUUCCGUCAAGGAAUCCGUAGAAACAAAUAAGAAACUCUCAGCAGGACGUUUACGCGAACACUACAAUUUAAUUGCUAGAGAAACUGGAAUGCCUACAGCUAGCAUUUCCACAGUGAAAAGAAGAUGUUUAGCACCUCAUUCAGGCCACAACAACAGCCGACACUAUUUCAACGAGGCGAAAAUAAAAUUUGGGAAAGUACCAGACACAGGUACCAGCAUUCCUUCUGUCAACAUUCAGUAUUGUAGAGCAUUUGCAAAAAUGGAGCAAAGAAGGCCAUUUCGCUUUGACGAAAGAUUCCCUCAUCUCCGUGAAUAUUCUACAAUUAACAGCACCGAUGCAAAGGCUCCAGUCAUUCUGGGAUCGAAAAACUCAUUCAAAGUCGGUCGGUCAUGGAUGAGUUACGUUAGUGAAGAUGAUCGAUGGAGUCCCUUGCAAGAAAAGGAUGAAGUUUCUUCGGAUUGUACCAAAAGGGACAAGGCUGUUGAUGACAAGGUUGUGCCACUUCAAGCGCUGCCUUGCCACGACUACCACUCAGGAAGAGAUGUAAUAGUUCCAAACACGAAUCUAUUCAUAGAGAAGACAUUCAGUGUGGAUAGUCAUAGUGGACGCGAGUCUGUGUGUUGGUCAGGGACAAAACUGGCCGUCAUCGUUUCUCCAAAAUUUGAAUACUCUAGUGGAGCACUCACGCAUGUGAAUGAGCGCUAUCAACUUCGGCGGUUCGGCGACGAGGAAGUAAAGAUGAAAAUGACACUUGCUCACACCGAUGUUCCCUCAGUUUCACUCCGAUACCUACUUGGAGAAAUACUUUCUUGGCUGCAGUCUGUUAAAGGAAAAGACAACCUGAAAAACUAUGUGACCGACGUUGAUGCAACAGAGGCAUCGAAACUAUCCACGUUUCUUAGAAGUUUGUCAAGACGUCUUAUCCAAGUGCCAACCCCACCACUGUCCCUUAUUCCGAUUUACGAGAAGAAUCCGUCACAAAUGUUGGAGAAGCUUCUACAUACCUUACAAAAAGAAAGGCUGCAGCAGUUAUCCAUUCAAGUCAAUGAUUUGGCGACUGGAACGGAACAAGAGGCGUAUGAACUCAUGCUCGCUAUGAAAAACGCUCUCACACAAGAUGGAUUAGAAGAAUGUGCAUUUGAAGUAGAGAACGUGGGUCGAAUUAAAUUCAUUAAUGCUUUCCAAAGAGUCAUUGAUCAUGUCAUCAUUAGGACAAGCGGUUUCCCGCUAAAUGAACUAGGCACAAGUUAUGUAACACUAGAUGGAUUGUCCUGUUUGCAAAGAACUACUAAACUGAUGGAUGACUUUUCAAUUGGCCCAAACGCCAAUAAAGAGAUGGUUUACUUGAGGGAGAUGAAUGGAGCAUCUUUAAUGUUGGAAAUUGCAGAACGCCUGGAGUUAAGUGAGGAUCUUUUCCUUGAGGACAACAUUGAUCAAGCCUCUGCCUCAUCUCUGGAUGUCAUAGAGCUGUUGUCAAGCUAUGAAUGCCUUGCCGACGGACGAGAAAUCUAUUUAGCCUGCGAACCAAGGCCUUUUAACUAUCGCCUAGUAGAUGGAGGACCAGAUCAGAAGCAGUCGAAUCUUGCAACAAAAAUCGCAGCAGCAAUAGAAUUCCGCAUGGAAUUGAACGCCCAUGCUUGUAUCCAAAGAAGAGCGGAAAGGGACAGUGUGGCUAAUGAAGCAGAGAGGGAAAUUCAAUGUUGGGUCGUGCUGCUUCAAUAG